AUGUUUCGCUUCAACAGAACGCUUGACAUCGUCACAGUCUUCCACAAGGCCAGUUCCCCGACCUCUGUGAAGGUCGCCAACCUCGUCAAGCAGAUCUCGGCCAACGCUCAGGCUGGCGCCACUCUCGACCAAGCUAGCGACCACUCUGCCCAGACGAAGCCCGGCCGCGAGCCCUUCGAACUCAACAUCACCGAGGACCCUCCCACCACCGACCAGGUCCAGACCAUCCUGGGCUACGUCGGCACUGGCGGCAUCUCCAAGAUCAUCAAGGGUGCCCGCGACGAGAAGGAUGCUCUGAAGCGAUUCAAGGAGAGCAAAGACAACUUCCUCAGACCUCUCACCGUAGACUGGAACAAUGGCAAAGCCAUCGCUGGCGAUAACGAGUCGGAGAUACUGAAGAUUCUCAACGCCAGGAAGACCGACUAA